GUCCCUCAGCAGGAAGGGAGGAGCGGACCACGGGCGGUGGGCAGGCGUGUCAUCGGGUUAAACUGCGGAGCAUGGGAUCUAUGUAGAGAUCCCCCCAUAACAAACACCCGUCUGGUUGGAAUUAAUACCCGGUUGGUCGUAUUGUGUAAGGUUCCCAGUAAUAAUCACAACUGACAGGCGGUGGAUACCAUCAGCUGUUGUGUAGUGGGCGAAAAGAAGCAUCAUGUCGCGAUCUGUGCUGCAGCCCAGCCAGCAGAAACUGGCAGAGAAGCUGACCAUCCUAAACGACAGGGGGAUAGGGAUGCUCACACGUCUCUAUAACAUCAAAAAGGCUUGUGGCGAUCCCAAGGCAAAGCCUUCUUACCUUAUUGAUAAAAACCUUGAAUCGGCCGUAAAAUUUAUUGUCCGAAAAUUUCCAGCUGUCGAAACUCGAAACAACAAUCAACAGCUAGCACAACUCCAAAAAGAAAAAUCAGAGAUUUUGAAAAACCUAGCACUGUACUACUUCACAUUUGUGGAUGUUAUGGAAUUUAAGGAUCAUGUCUGUGAGCUGCUUAACACUAUUGAUGUUUGCCAAGUUUUUUUUGAUAUUACUGUCAACUUUGAUUUGACCAAGAACUAUCUAGAUUUGAUCAUAACCUAUACAACACUAAUGAUUAUGCUUUCUCGCAUUGAAGAAAGAAAAGCAAUUAUAGGCCUCUACAACUACUCGCAUGAAAUGACACACGGUGCAAGUGAUCGUGAAUAUCCUCGGCUUGGACAAAUGAUUGUAGAUUAUGAAAACCCUUUAAAAAAGAUGAUGGAAGAGUUUGUUCCACAUAGUAAGUCUCUAUCAGAUGCACUAAUUUCACUACAGAUGGUUUAUCCUCGAAGAAAUCUCUCAGCUGACCAGUGGAGAAAUGCACAGCUCCUCAGCCUUAUAAGUGCUCCAAGUACAAUGUUAAACCCUGCACAAUCAGACACGAUGCCAUGUGAAUAUCUUUCGUUGGAUGCCAUGGAAAAAUGGAUAAUAUUUGGAUUUAUUUUGUGCCAUGGUGUACUGAACACGGAUGCCACCUCUUUGAAUCUUUGGAAACUUGCUCUGCAGAGCAGCUCAUGUCUUUCUCUGUACAGAGAUGAAGUUUUCCAUAUUCACAAGGCAGCAGAAGAUCUCUUUGUGAACAUCAGAGGUUACAACAAACGAAUCAAUGAUAUCAGAGAAUGCAAAGAAGCGGCUGUUUCACACGCGGGUGCAACACACAGAGAAAGGCGCAAAUUCUUAAGAUCAGCUUUGAAGGAGCUUGCUACUGUUCUUUCUGAUCAGCCAGGAUUGUUAGGACCAAAAGCACUUUUUGUCUUUAUGGCAUUAUCUUUUGCACGAGAUGAGAUAAUAUGGCUUCUUCGCCAUGCAGACAACAUACCAAAGAAAGUUGCAGAUGACUUCAUGGAUAAGCACAUUGCUGAACUUAUAUUUUACAUGGAAGAGUUAAGAGCACAUGUACGGAAAUAUGGCCCUGUGAUGCAGAGAUACUAUGUGCAGUAUUUGUCUGGCUUUGAUGCAGUAGUUCUGAAUGAGCUUGUGCAGAAUCUAUCAGUUUGCCCUGAGGAUGAAUCCAUCAUUAUGUCGUCAUUUGUAAACACCAUGACCUCUCUAAGUGUAAAACAGGUGGAAGAUGGAGAGGUUUUUGACUUCCGAGGAAUGAGAUUGGACUGGUUUCGAUUGCAGGCUUAUACGAGUGUUUCUAAAGCAUCACUGAGCCUUGCAGACCACCGGGAACUUGGAAAGAUGAUGAACACAAUAAUAUUCCAUACAAAAAUGGUGGAUUCUUUAGUAGAGAUGUUAGUGGAAACCUCAGACCUUUCCAUAUUUUGCUUUUACAGUCGAGCAUUUGAGAAGAUGUUUCAGCAGUGUUUGGAACUCCCUUCCCAGUCAAGAUAUUCAAUCUCAUUUCCACUCAUCUGCACACAUUUUAUGAGCUGUACUCAUGAAUUAUGCCCAGAAGAGAGGCAUCAUAUUGGAGACCGGAGCCUGUCGCUGUGUAAUAUGUUUUUGGAUGAAAUGGCAAAGCAAGCACGUAAUCUUAUUACAGAUAUCUGCACGGAACAAUGUACACUUAGUGAUCAGUUGCUGCCAAAGCACUGUGCCAAAACAAUCAGUCAAGCAGUGAACAAGAAAUCAAAAAAGCAGACUGGAAAGAAAGGAGAACCUGAGAGAGAAAAACCUGGUGUUGAAAGUAUGAGAAAGAAUAGGCUUGUAGUAACAAACUUGGACAAACUGCACACUGCACUUUCAGAACUAUGUUUCUCUAUCAAUUAUGCACCAAAUAUGAUGGUUUGGGAGCACACCUUUACUCCACGAGAAUAUCUUACGUCGCACUUGGAAAUUCGAUUUACCAAGUCUAUUGUUGGUAUGACAAUGUAUAACCAAGCCACACAAGAAAUUGCAAAGCCUUCAGAGUUGCUGACAAGCGUAAGAUCAUACAUGACUGUGCUCCAGUCAAUUGAAAAUUAUGUACAAAUUGACAUCACAAGGGUUUUCAAUAAUGUUCUGCUUCAGCAGACCCAACAUUUAGACAGUCACGGCGAGCCAACCAUCACCAGUUUAUACACUAAUUGGUAUUUGGAAACAUUAUUGAGGCAAGUUAGUAAUGGACAUAUAGCGUAUUUCCCAGCCAUGAAGGCAUUUGUAAACCUUCCUACUGAAAAUGAACUUACAUUUAAUGCUGAGGAAUAUUCUGACAUAUCUGAAAUGAGAGCACUUUCAGAGCUUCUGGGACCAUAUGGAAUGAAAUUUCUUAGUGAAAGUCUCAUGUGGCAUAUCUCCUCCCAAGUGGCAGAACUUAAGAAACUUGUUGUGGAGAAUGUUGAAAUUUUAACACAGAUGAGGACCAGCUUUGAUAAACCGGAGCAGAUGGCAGCCCUUUUUAAACGACUAUCAUCUGUUGACAGUGUUUUGAAGAGGAUGACUAUUAUAGGUGUUAUUCUAUCAUUCCGAUCACUUGCACAGGAAUCCCUGAGAGACGUUUUAUCUUACCACAUUCCAUUUCUUGUGAGCUCAGUAGAAGACUUCAAGGAUCACAUUCCAAGAGAGACUGACAUGAAGGUUGCUAUGAAUGUUUAUGAGCUUUCUUCUGCGGCUGGAUUACCUUGCGAAAUAGAUCCAGCCCUUGUUGUUGCAUUAUCAUCUCAGAAAUCUGAAACCAUCAGCCCUGAAGAAGAAUAUAAAAUUGCCUGUCUUCUUAUGGUGUUUGUGGCUGUUUCAUUGCCUACUUUAGCCAGUAAUGUGAUGUCACAAUACAGCCCUGCAAUUGAAGGUCAUUGCAACAACAUACAUUGCCUUGCAAAAGCGAUUAAUCAGAUUGCUGCUGCUUUAUUCACAAUUCACAAAGGGAGCAUUGAAGAUCGCCUUAAAGAGUUCUUGGCUCUUGCAUCAUCCAGCUUACUGAAAAUUGGCCAAGAGACUGAUAAAACAACCACAAGGAACAGAGAGUCAGUUUAUUUGCUGCUAGACAUGAUUGUGCAAGAAUCACCAUUCCUGACCAUGGAUUUGCUGGAGUCCUGUUUUCCAUACGUCUUACUGAGAAAUGCAUAUCAUGCAGUUUACAAACAAAGUGUUACAUCCUCGGCAUAAAUAUUUCCAUUGUUGAAAUAUGGCACAAACUUAUGUUGCCUCUGUUUUACAAACAGUGGCAUACGUUUACUUUUAAUGGUUAAAAAAAAAAGAAAAGGAAAAAAAAAUUGUGGCAGACACUUUCCUUAUUCCAUUGUCUCUUUGACCAGUGGUUUUCUUUAUGCAGUUGUUAUACCAGAUAAGCUUGGUUGAUUGCACUUCACUACAAAAAAAAGUUUAUGAACUGUUAAAAUCAAGAAAAUAGAAAAAAAUACUACUUUGGUUUUGUUUUUGGUAUAUGAUCAUGCAGAAUAUUAUUGCUUGUUUAUUUCAAAAAUUGUAUUUAGUGAUUAUUUUAGAUGGUGAUAUAGGUGACUUCUAUGUGUAAAUUAUUUCAUAUAGGGAGAAUAAUAAUCUGUACCUUUUAAGUUCUUAUUAAUGACAAUUUGGAAAAAGUGAUUAUGUGAUUUCUGUGGAGUAAGUGCACCAUUUCUUCAUAUUCCCAUUGCAAAAUAUUGCUGAAAUUUAAAUUCUUAAAACAAAACAAAAACGCUAACAAAUAACAAUUUUCAGUGUUAUUUAACGUCGCUGCAUUUACAAUACAGAACUCCUCCCUGAUAUUUUUAAACAGCAGCAAAUGUUUGUAAAAAACAUAGUAUAAUUUUUUUUAGACUAAUCUCCAUGAUACUAUCAUGGCAUUAACACUACCAUUGUACCCUUAUAUAUGGUAUGAUAUAGCAUUCUUAUGCAUUUAUCUAAUGUUGGUACAUUUCUUUUCCCUUAACCACUUUUAUAUGUUUUAACUUUUUUGAAAUUUCAAAUGUAACUUCCAUAACAUACAAUAAACACUAGACUGUAUCAACCAAUAUCUGCUUUUGCCCUGUAUAUAAAAUUGUUUUGUGAUGUAUUUUCAACCAAUAUGCAGACAAGGAUGAGAUACUCAUGAAGAAUUAUGGAUUAUACGCAUACAGUAUGUUGAGACUAUUUAAUACUACUGAGACACAUUUUUGGAAAUCUUCAAGAGUGACUAUUAAAUUACAUUUUAUGAGAAAAAAAUAAAAAUGUUUUAUUGUGUAUAA